CUCCCGCGCGUAAUGUUCUCUGUUCUCGCCAGGACCCCCUCGUCAUCAUGGAUUUCUUUAACAACCUCUUCAGAUCCUGCAACUCUCUUUGCUGUACAAAAUCUCUGCACUCUCUCCUCAUAGUCUCCAAUCAAAUCCGCGACAUUUUCUUCUCAACGAAGCUCAUCAACCUCUACUCUCGCUUCAACGACCUCCCUUCUUCAAUCCUCACCUUCUCUCAAACGCCCAACAAGAACACGGUCGCUUUCAACUGCCUUAUCUCCUCUUUCGCCACCCACAACCUCCAGCCUGAGGCUCUCCAUUGCUUUCGGCAGCUCAUGGCUUGUCCCGAACUUCGACCCGACCGCUUCACGUUUCCCGCUGCCCUCAAGUCUUGUUCGAGUUCCGGUCAUCUGAGCUCGAUGCAUUCUUUGCUGCCCAAAAUGGCAUUUGAUAAGGAUCUUUAUAUUUGUGCCUCGUUGAUCCAUAUGUACUCGAGAUUUGGGCUGAUGGGUUAUGCACAGAAGAAGUUUGAUGAAAUGCCCAUGAGAGAUUCGGGUUGCUGGAAUGCGAUUCUUUCUGGGUAUUGUCAGAAUGGGGAAGCAAAUGAGGUUGUUCGAGUGUUUGAUGAGAUGGUGAGAGAGGGGGUUGAGAUUGAUACCGUCACGGUGGCGAGCAUUCUUCCGGUUUGUGCACCAUUGGAUGAUGCUUUGAUGGGUGUUUUGGUUCAUGGGUUUGCUACCAAAUGCGGGCUGGACACGGAUCUUUUCGUGUUGAAUGCUUUAAUUGAUAUGUAUGGAAAGUUGGGGCUUUUGGAGGAUGCUAGGAAUGUGUUUGAUGCAAUGGGAAGAAAGGAUUUAGUCACUUGGAAUUCCAUGAUUUCUGCUUAUGAGCAAGGGGCUUACCCAAAGAUAGCUCUUAGCCUCUUUGAUAGGAUGCAAAGAUGCGGAUUUCAGCCAGACAUGUUGACUCUUGUGAGUCUAGCUUCAGCCGUUGCCCAACUUGGGGAUGGUAUCAAUAGUCGAUCAGUUCAUUGCUAUGUCUUUAGAAGAGGAUGGGAUUCUAGUAAUGUCUUUGUUGGCAAUGCCAUCAUCGAUAUGUAUGGAAAAGUUGGCGAUGUAGAAUAUGCACGGAGAGUUUUUGAUUGGAUGCCUGUGAAAGAUGUGAUUUCCUGGAAUUCUUUGAUCACGGGAUGUUCCCAAAAUGGCUUUUCUAAUGAGGCAACCGAGAUAUAUGAGGCUAUGGAGAAGAGUGAAGGAGUUACGCCGAGUCAGGGUACAUUCGUCAGUGUUCUUCCUGCAUGCUCUCAUGUGGGGGCCUUGAGGAAAGGUAUGAAAAUUCAUGGGAGAUCGAUCCAAAUUGGAUUGGAAUUGGAUGUAUUUGUGGGCACUUGUCUUAUAGAUAUGUAUGCAAAAUGUGGGAGGUUAGAUGAAGCAAUGCUUUUAUUUGCGAAAGUACCAAGAAGGACCUCAUAUCCAUGGAACGCCAUUAUAUCGGGCCUUGGAGUUCAUGGACAUGGUGAUAAAGCCCUAGAGCUGUUUGAAGAAAUGCAACAAGAGGGAGUUAAGCCGGACAAUGUGACCUUCAUUUCAUUACUCUCUGCGUGUAGUCAUUCAGGAUUAGUUGAUCAUGCUCGCCAUUACUUUGGACUAAUGAAGUCAGGCUAUGGAAUCGAGCCGUCAGUGAAGCAUUAUGCCUGCAUGGUUGACUUGCUUGGUCGAGCUGGCCACUUGAACGAUGCUUAUGAAUUCAUCAAGAAUAUGCCUCUAAGACCUGAUGCCGGUGUUUGGGGUGCUCUUCUUGGUGCCUGUAGGAUACAUGGGAAUGUUGAAUUGGGGGAUAUAGCUUCCAACCGCCUAUUUGAGGUUGAUCCUGAAAAUGUUGGGUAUUAUGUUCUCUUGUCUAAUAUGCAUGCAAAAUCUAGGAAUUGGGAGGGAGUUGGUGAAGUGAGGUCCUUAGCGAAAAAUAGACAAUUGAUGAAGACUCCUGGAUGGAGUUCAAUAGAGGUAGACAACAAGAUGAAUGUAUUUUUUAUGGGGAACCAGUCACACCCGAGAUUUGAAGAUAUAUACAAAGAGAUGGUAAACUUGUUAGCAAAAAUGAAGAGCAUCGGUUAUGUUCCUGACUACAAUUAUGUGUUGCAGGAUGUGGAGGAUGAUGAAAAGGAGCAUAUUUUAACAAUGCAUAGUGAAAGGCUUGCGAUAGCAUUUGGUAUUAUAAGUACAUUGCCAAAAACGACUAUUCACAUUUUCAAAAACUUGCGUGUUUGUGGGGACUGUCAUACUGCUACAAAAUUCAUAUCAAGGAUUACUGAGAGAGAAAUAAUUGUGAGAGAUUAUAACCGGUUCCAUCAUUUUAAAGGAGGGAGUUGCUCUUGUGGAGACUAUUGGUAGUCCUAUUCUUCAUUCCUCACCACAUAAAAUCAAGUGAGGUUAGAUAUUGACUCUAUUGACUUCGGAGGUACAGGAUGAAGAACUUCGGAGAACAAGUAACUUUUCCCCCUAAUUUGUAAACUAUGCAUGUAUUUGUGUUAUUAUUGGAUAAUCAUUCUUUUUCACUCCAUAGAUUUAGCUUGUUCCCUUACAGUCAUAGAGUAAGCUGGAGAAAUUCUGAUUAUGGUGACAAACUGGCUUGGACUGUAGAAUAUCUGUCACAAACAAAAACUACAAAUGCAUAACUACUGUAAGUUUCUAAGUUAUCUCUUUGGUGA